AUGGACUCCUUUCAAACGGCGCUGGAGGAGCUCGAUGCCAUCCUCGCCAUUCUCAGGAAGAGAGUUGAGGGGGUAAUUGUCGCCAACACGCUGCCUGAGAAGAAACAGGUAGAGAUGGAGGCUCGCCCGAUAAUGCGAGAGGCGCGGCAGAAGCUGGCCGCCCUGCGUGCCGAGAGCCGUCGCACCGUGGACCUAGAUAUGCGGCAGGAUCACGAUGCUGUCUGUAAGGAUCGCGACCAGACCAUCCGCAACUACGAUGCGGAGAUGAAGAGCCAGAUUUAUCCUCGUCUCUCCGGGACUCCGCGACUGAAGACGUAUCAGGAGCAGCGUGAGGAGGAGAUGAUGGGCGAUGGCAAGGCAGACGGCACGGGGUUCACGGACUCGAAUCAGGUGCUGAGUGCUGCCAUCAACGUUCAGAAGGAUGCGCUGCAGUCUCUCCAGCGUACCGAGCGGCUGCAGAAUGUGACGGAGGAGACGGGUAGAACCACGCUCACAGAGCUGCAGAAGCAGAUGGAGCGCAUGUACCACAUCGAUGAGGAGCUGCACAACUUGCGAGGCCAGAUCGACCACGCCUCACGUGAUUUGCGCUGGUUCUACCGGCAACUGGCGCGCGACAAGUGUUUUCUCUCCCUGCUUGGGCUCUGUAUCGUGGCGUUGCUGGUGCUGGUCUUUGUGUCCAUCUGGACAAAGCGCAUGAGAUCUAAAAAGUAG